AUUAAACCCUGGUCAAAUAUUACCCCUGUCAAAAAAUUGAAAAGGCCAAAAAAAAAAAAAAAGGAAAAAAAAACCUAUAGAAACCUCUCCUCCUCAAUUCCUCACUCUCCCACCCAAAGUUUCAAUUAUCUCUGGGAACUUCCAUCAAUUUUGUUUCUCAUUAUUAUACACGUGAUCGCAUUUGCCGUGGACAAGAUGGAACAGUAUGAAAAAGUAGAGAAGAUUGGCGAGGGAACGUACGGAGUGGUGUACAAGGCUCGCGAUCGUGAGACAAAUGAAACUAUUGCUCUAAAGAAAAUUCGUCUGGAGCAUGAAGAUGAAGGCGUGCCAAGCACAGCUAUCAGAGAGAUUUCUCUGUUGAAAGAGAUGCAGCAUGGGAACAUUGUAAGAUUGCAGGACGUGGUCCAUAGUGAGAAGAGAUUGUAUCUGGUGUUUGAAUAUCUGGACUUGGAUUUGAAGAAGCACAUGGAUUCGUGCCCAGAAUUUUCCAAGGAUCCUCGUUUGGUUAAAAUGUUUCUAUAUCAAAUAUUACGGGGUAUUGCUUAUUGUCAUUCCCAUAGAGUCCUUCAUCGAGACUUGAAGCCUCAAAAUUUGCUGAUUGAUCGCCGCACUAAUGCAUUAAAGCUCGCCGAUUUUGGAUUGGCCCGAGCAUUUGGUAUUCCUGUCAGGACAUUUACACAUGAGGUGGUGACACUAUGGUAUAGGGCACCAGAAAUAUUACUUGGAUCGCGUCAUUAUUCUACUCCUGUUGAUGUGUGGUCAGUUGGAUGUAUAUUUGCUGAAAUGGUGAACCGGCGACCAUUGUUUCCUGGGGACUCUGAGAUUGAUGAACUAUUUAAGAUUUUCAGAAUCAUGGGCACCCCAAAUGAAGAUACUUGGCCUGGAGUGACUUCGCUGCCUGAUUUCAAAUCCGCCUUUCCAAAGUGGCCCCAUAAGGACCUUUCCACCGUCGUCCCUAAUCUUGAUGCAGCUGGUCUUGAUCUCCUUCUUAAAAUGCUCUCUUUGGAUCCGAGCAGAAGAAUCACUGCGAGAAGUGCCCUUGAGCAUGAAUACUUCAAGGAUAUUGGGCUUGUCCCCUAAUUCUGGUGAAAAUUAUCCGGGUUUGAUUGUCAUCGACACAUUCAACAUCUGAGUGGCAUGAGGCACAGCAAUUCUGGAAUUCGUAUUGUUAUACUUUUCCUGUGAUUGGUUUUCAUAGUAUUUUUUUCCCCCUGUUUUAAGUUUCAGUCUGAUGAAUAUUGGCUUUUAUUCUUCUUUUCAAUAGAUUGACUUUCUGUGCUGUUUAUUCAUUUAAACACACUAUAUUCGAAUCAGGAAAGCAACUCAUGCCUAUGGACCUUAGCGGACGUAUUUCGUUCGAAUAAUGCUAUUCAUCAGCUCUGCUGAUGAUUAGCAUCUAAUGUGGCAGUGAGUCAGGUUACAUAUAAUAGCAUUACUCUUUUCAUUUA